AUGUCUCAAGUCUAUACAACAGACCACGCAGCCUCAGUGCUCCGCACACACAGCUGGCGCACAGUUUCCAACUCCGCGCCAUACCUCCUUCCACACCUCAAACCAGACAUGAAAAUCCUGGAUGUAGGCUGUGGACCUGGCUCAAUCACAAUUUCCUUGGCAAAGCAUGUCCCGUCUGGACAUGUAACGGGCGUCGAAUAUGUUCCCGAUCCACUGGAAGGCGCACGUGCCCUUGCCCAAGCUGAAGGCGUGUUAAACGUUACCUUUCAAGAAGGAAACAUCCACGCGCUGCCGUUCGAGGACAAUACCUUUGACAUGGUGCAUGCGCAUCAGGUUCUGCAACAUAUCACGGAUCCGGUUCAUGCGCUGAAGGAAAUGCGGCGAGUCGCUAAGCACGGCGGGAUUGUUGCGUGCCGCGAGUCGGCAGAGUUGAGCUGGUAUCCCGAGUCGGUGGGGAUCGCCAAGUGGCGUGAGGUUACGGAGUGCAUGCAACGUGCUAAAGGGGGCAAUCCGCAUCCGGGGAGGAUGAUUCAUGUUUGGGCACGUGAGGCUGGCUUCGACAGUAGGAGUGUGAAGCGGAGUGCGGGGGGCGUGGUGUUUUGGGAGUGA